AUGAAGUAUCUGGCAAACUCUGAGCGAAUUAUGACUGCUACAAGACAGCUAACUCUUGGUAUUAUUACUGUUAAGGAGUUUCUUUUGCAAUGCUCACAUAGCACAGAAACUUAUCUGAGACAAGAAAUUAAUUGGCAUAAUAAUAUCGAACAAGAUGAAAACAUGCAAGCUAGUGACCAAGAAGAUGAAAACAUGCAGGCCAAUGAUCUUCAAGAUGAUGAAAACAUGCAGGCCAAUGUUCAUCAAGAUGAUGAAAACCAACAGGACAAUGAUAAUAAUGAAUCAGAUGUGAUAGUUUAUGACCAAAUCGAACCUCUACAACACGUGGUCAAUGUAAUUGAGAACGACAGUAAUCCUGAUGACAGUGUUUAUUUUCCAUUUUUAAGACCUGGAGUAAGGAGAAUAGAAAGAAAUGAUUCUGAUGAAUCUGUAGCGAAUGACGCUCAACUGAAUGAUCAAGAUUCCGACGACAGCGUGUUUCCAUUUAGGUUUGUUCCCAUGAGGAGGGCUAAUGUACUGAAUGACCAUUCUGGAGAUGAAAUUAUACAUCCAGAUGAAAAUGAGGAACCGCGUCAAGAAGAAUACCAAUGGAAUGAACAAGACUUUAUAAUAGCAGAAGAGUUGGAUCCAGAUGUUAUAUUCAUGAUGGAAUUAGACAAUAGGAGACGAAUGGCAGAAAUAGAAGAUUUGCCAUUUGUACAAGUUCAGCCAGUUUCUGAUUCAGAAACCAUUGGAAAUUUUGAUAACAUUUGUGUUGUAUGCUGUGAUUCGAUUAGAACUCAUGCAUUUAUACCAUGUGGGCAUAGGCCAGUAUGUGGAGAUUGUGUGGUGUUACUCAAUCCAGAACGAUGCCCAUUGUGCAAUCAGCCAUUUACGACAUACAUUCGUAUUUGGUCAUAA